UAUAGUUCCUCCGUGGAUAUGCAAGGCUCCGGGGCCGGGGUCCCUCGAAGAAGAAAAAUGCAUGUUGGGUCGCGCGACCGGCCGGACGAUCGAACGAUGGGAUGAGUCAGACCGGUGUCCAGGUUUUCCCCAGCUGACGAUGAGUGGCGCAUCGACGCGGCAAAAGAGCAGCCGAAUGAGCGGAGCCGGCCAGCCAGUCAGUCAGCCACACCCCGACGCGAUUAAACCUGUUGCUGCUUUGCUCGUGGUCCGACUCCAUAGACGCAUACACACUUCAGGAAACAAUCUCUCAAUGAAUCCUCGAAGAUCAACGAAAACUAAGAAAAUGUACUUUCUUCGAUUAUAUUACACGACGAACGUAGAGUGAUACGUUGAGAAAAUAUUGAAUCGAUAUAAGAAAGGCCAGUCGGCUAUUUGUUCAUUUUAACUUAAAUAUUAAUAUAAAGUUUCAUUAUGAACAACGCCACGGAAAAAGAACACCAUCAGUCAUAUUAAUGAAUUAAAAAUGAAAAUAAUAAUAAUAAUAACGUGCACGUGUAUCGUGUGUCUUAAGAGCACUAAGCUCAAGGAGAAAGAGUCUAUUGCCGCUGCACCGAUCUCCAACUACAUCUCUAACCCCUACGAUCCGUAUCGCUUACCUUUGAC